AUGGGUGAUGCAGCAAUCGGAGAAGACGCCGUGGUUCGACAACGACUGCUUGAGAAGAUCUACCUAGAGGGACCCAGCAAAGGCGAUGCCCUCUCAUUCGAGGCUCUUCUCGACUCGCUCAUCUGCCUCUACGAUGAGUGCCAGGGCAGCACGCUGCGUCGCGAGAAGACCGUCAGCGAAUUUGUCGAUUCUGUAAACCCGGUGGUGACCCAGGCGAAAGCCCUUCGACUCAGCAAGGACGAUUUUGAAGUGCUGAAGGUGAUCGGGAAAGGAGCCUUCGGAGAAGUGGCCGUCGUUCGGAUGAGGCAUGUCGGAGAAAUCUAUGCUAUGAAGAUCCUGAACAAGUGGGAAAUGCUUCGACGCGCCGAGACGGCCUGUUUCCGCGAGGAACGCGACGUGCUGGUGUUCGGCGACAGACGCUGGAUCACCAACCUCCACUUUGCCUUCCAGGAUGAGAGCAAUUUGUACCUGGUGAUGGACUAUUAUGUUGGUGGCGACAUGCUGACGCUGCUUUCCAAAUUCGACGACCACAUCCCCGAGGAGAUGGCCCGGUUUUAUAUGGCCGAAAUGGUGUUGGCCAUCGACUCGGUGCAUCGCCUGGGAUAUGUGCACAGGGACGUCAAGCCAGACAACGUACUUCUCGACAUCCAUGGCCACAUCCGGUUGGCCGAUUUCGGGUCCUGCCUCCGUCUCCUCCCCGAUGGUUCUGUCGCCUCGAAUGUGGCCGUCGGCACCCCCGACUAUAUUUCACCUGAAAUUCUACGGGCGAUGGAAGACGGACGUGGGCAGUACGGAAAAGAGUGUGAUUGGUGGAGUCUCGGCAUUUGCAUGUACGAAAUGCUGUACGGGAAUACGCCAUUCUACUCUGAACGCCUCAUCGAUACCUAUGGAAAGAUUAUGAGCCAUCAGGAAAUGCUCGACUUUCCGGACAGUGACAUCGACUGGGUCGUGUCGGAAGAUGCCAAGGAUUUGAUACAGAAGCUCAUCUGCCCGCGAGACGUGCGUCUCGGCCGAGAUGGCUUCAGCGACUUCAAAGAUCACCCCUUCUUCAAGGGAAUCAGCUGGGAUAGCAUCAGAAAUUCCGACCCUCCAUACAAACCGGAAGUCUCCAGCCCCACAGACACGUCCAAUUUUGACCCCGAGCUCUGCGAGGACGAUUUUUCUCAAGGGGAAACGCGUCCCCCAAAUGUGACGGCAGCCUUCACUGGGCAUCAUCUUCCGUUUAUUGGGUUCACCUACUCCCACGGAAGUCUUCUAUCGGACAGCGCGAGCUUGAGCUCCGUAAUUGGAGGCAGUGAGAACAAAACGCCGGCCCUGGAAGCAUACGAACGUCGUCUCGAACAGAUCGAGCUCGACCGGGCCGAGCUGACGAAGAAACUGCAAGAAGCCACCCAAGCUAUGGCCACUCUCAGCGUCGACCACCCUGAUAGUUUUGCCGAUAGGGAGAAGCAUCUCGUCGAUUCUUAUGAACAAACAAUUGCACAGCUCAGAGACGAGAUUCAGAUCCUGAAAAUGAAACUGGCGGAAGAAUCGUCAGCUACUCUUCGCCCACAAAAAGACACAAGCCAGGAGGAGCUGGAGCGAAAGAUGAAAGAACUGAAGGAGAAGAAUCGACAGCUCAUCCUCGAGAAGACUGAACUCCAACGGGACUUCGAAGAGGUGCACGACAAGCUGAGCGCGCAGACGGCCGAGUGGAAGGAAGCUGUCAAGCACCGCGAGCUGGCCAAGCAUGACUUUGAGGAGCUGAGCAAUGAGCUCGUCGACGAGAAGAACAAGGCCCGCAAAUUCGAGCGUGAAGCCCAGGAGAAGGAGGCUCGCCUUGAUCAACUCCAACAAAAGGUCGAUGCCGUCAAGUCGGAGAUGCGCAAGCUCGAGGUGGCCAAGCAGGAGUCGCAGCAAUUGGCCGAGUCGAUUGGGAAAGAGCUGGAAAGCGAGCGAUUGCAGAGGGAGGGAUUGCAGGCCCAAAUAUCCGCCAGCGGCAACAGUUCCACCGAGCAGGAGCGUCGACUGGCCGAAGAGCUGGAACGGCUCAGCGAACGCCACAAUGAGAUCAUCGCCCAGGAGGAGAUCAAGCGGAAACAACUUCAGGAAUUGUAUCAGACUCAAAUGACUGAUCUGCAAUCACAACUCGACGAGCGGGAGACGGCGCUUCGGACUCACCGUGAGAUGGAUGAUGAGCGGAAGAAGGCCACUGAGGAGCAGGCUAGGGCGGAAUUCGAGCGUGCCGAGAAGGCACUCCGCGAGAACAGCGAGCAGCUCCGCAUCGAGAACGAGUCGUUGAGGGCCGAGGUCGCCAAGCUUCAGCACGAUAUCCAACAAAUCUCUGCCCGAGGCCCCUUCAACGAGACCCAAAUCAAGGAGCUCGUCAACUGGAUCAACCAGGAGAAGGCGACCCGCGAGUGUAUGGAGAUGAUGGCCAGUCGUAUCACCGGAGAGCUCGAAUCGCUCAAGCUUCAGCCCACGAAUGGUAACAUCUACGCGAAUCAGACUCCCUCAUCGGCAUGGGGCUCGAAGCGCGCCAAGCGCUCGCAAGCCAUGAACCAACAAGAAGCCCAAAAGGCCCUUCAUGCCGAGCUGAGGGCCAAGGAGGAAUUGACGGAAGAGGUGAAGAAACAACGCGCCUGCAAUUUCCGCCUCCAAGCCAAGGUCCAGCAGCAGGAUGAGACGAUUGCCAUCCAAAAGCGCGAGAUCGAAGAGGUGCACCAUCAAAAGGAGCAGCUCCGCGCCGCGCUGGCCGCAAUGCAAAAUGGCGAGAUGCAGCAGAGCUUCUUCAAUAUGGUGUCGACGGAUAGCCCGGUUGGCACUGCUGCUCGAUCGGCAUUCUCGGGCUCCCUGCGCGACUCGAUCAGCCUCUCCCAGAGCACCGACUACGAGAUCUCGAAUUCGAGCCUUAGGAAGAGGGAAGAGGAAUAUCGACAGCGCCAGAGCAUGAAUUCACCAGUCUGCUACGAAAACACGCGCCACACGCCGACAUCCAGCGCGGGCACUGUCGUCAUGAAUCGCUACAGCGGAACCCCGGCGGCAUCCCAGACCCAACUAAACGCCGCGCUCAGCGGACGUGGCCACAUGUUCUCCCACGUCCAUUUGGCGACGCCGACAAAAUGCGGCCAUUGCACGAGUAUCCUCGUCGGAUUGGAUAGACAAGGUCUCUUCUGCCAAAACUGUCAAUACCCAUGCCACGUCCACUGUAUGAGUCGGGCUCCCACUCAAUGCCCAGUCCCUCCAGAGGCUCGUCGACCAAUGGGAAUCGACCCUCUUCGUGGUGUUGGGACAGCGUAUGAAGGAGUGGUGAAGACCCCGAAACAAGGCGGCGUUAAGAAGGGAUGGCAGGCGACAUUUGUCGUCGUCUGUGACUUCAAACUCCUUCUCUUCGAUUGCACCCCCAACAAGGAGAAAGGCAGCUCAUCUACACCCUCGGAUAUCCACUCGAAUGUUCGACAGGUGCUCGACAUGCGCGACCCAGAUUUCCAAGUGCAGUCCGUCUCCGAGCAGGACGUCAUCCACGCCAGCAAGAGCGACAUCCCCAAGAUCUUCAAGGUGACCACGUCGCAGAUCCAGGGCGCGCAAGCCGGCGACGAGGCCAAGCAGUACACUCUGCUCAUGGCUGAUUCGAAAGAUGAAUGCAAAAAGUGGGUGCUGGCGCUGACGGAGCUGAAAAGCCUGCUGAAAAAGUCUCGUCUGCCCGACAAGACGGCCUUCUCGUGCAAAGAGCUCUUCGACGUCAACUCGCUGCCGAUGAUCAAAUUCGCGCAAUGUGCCGUGAUUGUCGACAAAUCGAAGGUGGUCGUCGGCUUCAGCGAUCACGGGCUGUAUUCUGUGGAAUUGGAUCGAGAGACGCUGGUGGCUGUCGGAGGCGAGAAGGAGAACAAGGGCCGAUGCGUGGAAAGGGUGGAAUACAUCUCGUCCGAGCAGCUUUUUGUUGCCAUGGUUGGAAAGGGCAAUGAUCGACAUCUGCGUCUGAUCCCAACUGCAGCGCUUGAUGGCCGUGAUUUGAAGUGGAUCAAGCUGGCCGACACGAAGGGAUGCCAUUUGAUGGCUGUUGGAGGCAUCGAUGGCAGGCAAAUGUAUAUUGCGGCGGCGAUGAAGCGCUCCGUGAUCCUAUUUCAAGUUGAUCGCACCGAGAAGAGGCACAAGCGGAUGAGCUAUGACCUUGCAAUGCCGGGUCUUCCCCAAUGCAUGUCAAUCAUUGGCUCGAAGCUGAUCGUCGGUUUCCCCAACGGCUUCUCCAGCUGGAAUCUCGCGGACGAGUCGCCAAAGAUUCAUUCCCUUGUCGACCACGAGGAUCAAUCCCUUUCCUUCCUCUCUCAGCCCGGCUACGAGGCUCAAAUUGUCGUCCCGGUACACGGCUCUGACAUCCAGGAAUACCUGCUCGUUUUCAACAAACUCGGCGUCUACGUUGAUCACACAGGCCGUCGCUCUCGUUCUCAAGAGCUGAUGCUCCCGUCGCUCCCGCGACAACACAACGGCUUCUCCUACAUUGAGCCGUAUCUAUGCGUCUACUCUGAGUCUCAGAUCGACAUCUUCCACGUCGCGCACGCGGAAUGGGUGCAGACGAUUAAUCUCAAACAGUCCUUCCCCCUGACGGUCAAUGGAAUGGUUGUCGCCUGUGUUGUCAACGAUUUCCCGUAUCUUGUCGUUUUGAGCGAUAAGCUCGGAGGUGACGAUCCCUUGCUUCUCCCUGAAAACUCGAAAACCGGCAGUCUCAAGUCAAAACGUAGCGGAAAGCGGAAAUUCACUGUCCGCGUGCCCGGGAAGGACGAGCAAAAAGCGGCUGAUCGUCGAAGUGCCCUGCCCAUCUCUGGCCCCUCCGAUUUCAAGCAUCUCUCCCAUAUGGGCCCCGAUUCGGCGCAGAACUUCAUCGAUCUGGCCCGCGAACAGGACAAGAAACAAGCUGAGAAGAGUCGAAGCCUCCUCCCUCCAAUCAUGCGCUCCACCUCUAGCACUUCUUCAAAUGUCAAUUCGGUGCUUGGCGGCAGCAAAAAGGAACUCGAACAAAUGGUGCGCAAUCGCCCGGUCUCCUCGCAUAGCCGUAGUUCCGAUGGAUCGAGUCUAGGCCGAGACGUCAAGCUCGAAAAUGCCUAUAUGGAGCCAAACUCUCGUCAACGCCAAUCGGUGCCAGCCUUCAGCUCCCCAUCAACAUCUUUCCCCAAUUCCCCACGCCAGCAUGAUGCCUCAAUCGAU